GAGAGGUAACUACACUCCAAAGCUUGGCGUUCUUUUUUGUGUGACUCUUUGGCUUCUCCUGGACGCAGACGGAGCAGGUGUGUCUAAGCGUCAUGAUUGUGUUAGUAGACUUGUUGCUGAUGCUAAUCGACCUAACCGGCUCUAUCCUGAGCGCCAUCCUGCAGACUUUCCUUCGGCCGAGGCUUAAAUGCAUCGAUGGGGAGCUGUGUCUGAUCACGGGAGCCGGGGGCGCGCUGGGCCGGCUGUUCGCCCUGGAGUUUGCCAAAGAGGGGGCGCACCUGGUGCUGUGGGACUGCAACGCGGCUGCCAACGAGCAGACUGCCAGGCUGGUGCGAGAACUGGGCGUCCGGGUGCACACCUACACGGUGGACCUGUCCAAGCGUCGGAACAUUUACGAGACAGCGAACCGGGUGAGAGCGGAGGUCGGGCAUGUCUCCAUAAUGGUCAACAACGCAGGCGUAGUGGCUGGACGGAGGCUGCUGGACUGUCCGGAUGAGCUUCUGGAGAGGACUCUGCUGGUGAACUGCCACGCGCUUUUCUGGAUGACGAAAGCGUUCCUGCCACGGAUGAAAGAACAAAAUCACGGCCACAUCGUGACCGUCGCCAGUGCACUUGGACUGUUCAGCACUGCCUGUGUUGAGGAUUACUGUGCUAGUAAAUUUGGAGCUGUUGGAUUCCACGAGUCACUGACACAUGAGUUGAUAGCAGAAGACCUGAAUGGCAUCAAAACCACUUUAGUAUGUCCUUAUAUUGUAGACACAGGGAUGUUCGCAGGCUGUGAAAUCAGGAAAGAGCUUCGCAGCAUAAUUCCACCCCUUGAGCCUCUCUACACUGUGCAGCAGUCUAUGAAAGCCAUCCUAGCAGAACAGCAGAUGAUCUGCAUUCCUCGUCUUAUGUACAUCCCCUUUCUUGCAAGAGCCUUACUACCUUGGGAGGCAAAUGUUGCAACGUAUCGCUUCAUGGGAGGCGACAAGUGCAUGCUACCAUUCAUCAAGAACAUUGAAAUGAAGACCUCCAACGGCCAUACCAAAUUGUGCUAAUGUUUCUGAUGGUGUCUUUAUAAUAUUCUGAAGAUCUGCUUACCUUUGUUUUUUCCAGGACUUCCCAAAGGCAAAAUUGUAUGAAGCAAUUUGUCGUGAAUGCUGAGCUGCUUAAGUAUCCACUGCUGAUGCUAAAGGGCCUCGCAAAUGAAAUAAAAACAAUUCACAACAGUGUGGAUAGAAUAGCGACUGCAGUGAUAACAGAUCCAUACAAGUGCCUCUUUUUAUUCACAUUAACAAACAGUGCAGAAACAACAAAAUGGACAUUAACAAAUGAAGGGAAACAUGCAACAGAAAAAUAUUAAGCUUUAUGUUUGAGCCACAGACUACAGCCUCAUAACCGUAAAAAGGAAGUCAAACAUACAAAAGAAAUGAUUUAAACCCUCCUGUUUGAAAUACAUGUUCAGCGUCCCACACGUUCAAUUUCUUUUAUUUAUUUUUACAUCUGCUGCUGUUGCUGAUGUUUUUGAAAUAAACUGGUAAGUGCUUCACAACCUGACAU